GCGAACCUCAGUUCAAUUGUUUCGUCACUCGGCUUUGAAGCGUUGCAGAGAGAACAACUACUGCAGAUCAAGUCGCCUGUGCAUUUGAUUUGAUAUUUAUAACCUUAAAAUUGGUGUUGAGUGUUUCGUAUCGUGAUUUAUGUGUUGUGGAUUUAUUCUAUAUUGGAUUAAGUGCAAUAUGUUGAGUUAUAUCAACUGGAGGAGAAAAUAAUAGACUGAUUUGGAAAGCUGGGUAUGGCAUUGUCGUGCAAUGUUAGGCUGUAGUACGGUAUGUCCCAAUUGCCAGCACGAGUUCCCCUGUUGCCCAGCGCAACAAGAGCCGCAAUGCUGCGCCAACCGAACCAACCCCAUGUUCGCGCAGCUGGGCGCGCUCGCGCAGCACCCCGCCUUCGCGCAGCUUCAAGCGCAGCUGCAAGCGCAGCAGAUAUCGAACAUGAUGCGCACGCCGCUGCCCAGCCUGCUGGCGGCGCAGCAGAGGAGCAACCUCAGCUUCAACAUGAACCUGAACCUGCCGUUGAGCUUGCCCGGGAGCGGCUGCGCCUCCCCGCAAGUCUCCCCGAGUGCGCCGCUGAGUUUCAUCAUCCCUUCGAUCGCCGGCGCCCCCUUGCAGCUAACGAAGCCGCCCGUGAUCGUGAAACCGGAAAUAGAGCUGCAACGACUAAGCAUCAUAGUGGAGGAGCUGCGGCUUUCCGGGUUCUACUACGAAGGCAUCUCCUUCGAGCAAGCUAAUGCUUUGUUGAAGGACAGCGAAGUGGGGACUUUCUUGGUGCGCAACAGUUCGGACCCGCGUUUUCUCUUUUCCUUGAGUGUGCAGACUGAUAAGGGACCGACUUCGGUGCGUUUGUACUACAUCAACGGGUACUUUAGACUGGACGCUCAGCAACAUCUGCAGGCUGUGAUGCCGAUGUUCCCGAGCGUAGUCGAGUUGGUGCAGCACUACGUCGCUCAAAGUAAAGUGAGCAAUAACGCGCAGGUGUGGGUGGACCCGGAAGGCAAAUGGUACUCCAGCAUAAUCCUGGAGAAGCCUCUCAUUCACAAAGCUGAACCUUGUUCCUUGAAGCACCUGGCCAGAGUGGCGGUGCAUAAAGCUCUAAAAAAAUCGAUAAAACCAAAAUUAACGAUUCUACCCGAGCCCCACAAUCAAUUGGAUCUGCCCAGCAGCCUCAAGAAGUACCUAUCCGAGUACCCGUACUUCUUAUAACGCGUGCGGCACUAAUAUCAGUACCAUAUACAUACUGAUGGACACCAUUCAAGUAUUCUAAAUGAAUUAGGUUAAUUCGCGCUCUGACGUCGUCCCAAACUGCCUGUCAUCAUUUACCAGUUAAAAUUAUUUGGAUCGGCAUCAUUCUAUAGAAAAUGAUUUUUCAUUGGUUAUUUUAAAUACAUUCCAUGUUUCCGAAUUCUGUCUAUUAGAAGAUAUGGGGUUUUCCGUUGAAAAUUUGACAUUCUUUGGGUUACCACCUUAGGAAGAAACAAUACCACCAACUAUCGCUGAUCCGAAUAUUCGAAGAUUUGAGUUUUCAUCAUCAUAGGAAGAAACAAUGAACCAAUCAGACCGCGAAAUCAUUUUCUAUAGAAGCGCCCCCUAUUGUUAAUAAUAAUAAUAAUCUUUGGGCCACAUUGGUCCAUGUAAAUAGUGCUUAAUACUACGUUGUUUUAUUUUUUAUACUGAUAUUUAUUGUAAUAUAACUAUGAGCACCUUCAUUUAUUUAUUGACCGUUCAUCCGCAUUUAUUAUAGGUAAUAUAAUCUCAAACCUAUGUAUGUAAUUUUUAUUAUUUAUUCUAUGUACUAGUUUUAUGCUACCUACUACUCAUUUAAAUAGUUUUUUAAAUGCAAAAUCUAGUCUGAUGUUUUUUUUUAUAAUUUGAUUUAAUUGUAAAUACUAACGUUGAGAUUAACAGACUAAGUAUUUGUAAAUAAGUGGAUGUAUUUAUUUUUUUAAGAGAAUAAUCGAAUUCUAGCAAAAGUAUUUAUUUCUUUAGCAAAAAAAUUAAAUUAUUUAUUAUAA